GCUUCUCAGUGAUUUCUACCUCAUAGGGCGGCAAGACCGCUUCUGGCCGCCACCCUUGGCAGCCCAAUUUUGUGACCAAGGGUUUAACCCUAGGAUCCUGGCGUGCAUAUCUCCAACUACAAUGAUGCCCUCGUCGGGUCACUACACUUCAAGCAGCCGUUCUGGUGACUGUGGCCCCCACAGCCCGCAGCUCCAGGCGAAGUCAUCAUGGCAGAGUCCGAGCUUGCCACUUCCUUUAUCCCAGCGCUUCAUAAGCCGUCAGCUCUCCUGCCCAUAGCGAAGCACCAACAGAGCCUUCUCUACCUUGUCGAAUCUCACCAGGUCACUAUUGUUGUUGGGCAAACAGGCAGUGGGAAAACCACCCAGAUACCUCAAUUCCUUGAAAAGGCUGGCUGGUGCGCCAAUGGAAAAGUCAUUGCCGUCACACAACCUCGACGCGUAGCUGCAACGACUGUGGCUGUCAGGGUAGCUGAGGAGACGAGCAGUGAGUUGGGAAAAGAAGUGGGAUAUACCAUCAGAUUUGAGGACGUAUCAUCGGCCGCGACACGCAUCAAAUUCCUGACUGAUGGCAUGCUCAUCCGGGAGGCUCUCGUCGAUCCGCUCUUGUCUCGCUACUCUGUCAUCAUGGUCGAUGAGGCUCAUGAGCGGUCAAUUUCUACUGAUUUCCUUCUUGGCUUGCUCAGCAAAAUCCUCAAACAACGACCCGAGUUAAGGAUCAUAAUUAGCAGUGCCACUCUUCAAGCUGAAGAGUUCCUCGAUUUUUUUACUAGGCGCAGUGAGACGCACGCUUCAGAUCACUCCCAGAUUACAGGCUCGAUCAUCAGCAUUGAGGGUCGGACGUAUCCCAUUGAUAUACUCUACCUGGAAUCCCCUGCUGAGAAUUACGUUGAAAAGGCCAUCAGCACCGUGCUCGAAAUCCACGCCAAAGAGCCAAAAGGUGACAUCCUUGUCUUCCUGACGGGAAGAGACGAGAUCGAGUCUGCAGUCAACGCAGUCGCAGAGCGCUCUGCUCAGUCAGACCCGACAUCGCAAGCUUUGCUACCACUUCCGCUGUACGCCGGGCUCUCCACAGAACAGCAAAUGUAUGUCUUUGAGCAGGCACCGGACAAUUCGAGAAAGGUCAUUUUCUCGACGAACAUUGCCGAAGCGUCGGUCACCAUUGACGGCAUCACCUAUGUUGUAGACUGUGGAUUCGUCAAGGAAAGGGCGUACAACCCAAAAUCUGGCAUUGAUACUUUGACAGCGGUCCCCACGUCCAAGGCAGCAGCUGCUCAGAGAGCAGGCCGGGCAGGGCGUACGAGGCCGGGAAAGUGUUUCCGACUGUACAAGGAAGGGACGUACAGGAAUCUGCCCGAUGCCAACGUACCAGAAAUUCAGAGGUCCAACCUUGCGCCGUUUAUACUGCAGCUCGCCGCUCUCGGCAUCACCAAUUUCGUGCGUUUUGCGUACUUGACACCACCUCCGGCCGAGUUGAUGUCCCGGGCACUCGAGCUACUUUACUCGCUUGGUGCCUUGGACGAGUACUGCAAGCUGACGAGGCCGCUGGGCAUGCGCAUGGCAGAACUGGCAGUAGAGCCAAUGAUGGCCAAAACCUUGCUUUCUGCUGACACAUUCGGGUGCGUUAGCGAAAUACUGACUAUCGCAGCGAUGACGAGCGUUGGAGGCAGCGUCUGGGUUCAAAAUGAUGCUGGCCGACAGAAGGAGCUAGAAAGCUCGAGGCGGAAAUUCGCAGCCGAGGAAGGCGACCACCUCACUCUUCUUAAUGUGUACCAAGCCUUUGUGAGCACGGGGCGAAAGGAGGGCGGUUUCUGCCAUGACAACAACCUCAACUUCAAGACAAUGACCCGCGUAGUCAGCAUAAGGGCGCAGCUGAAGCGAUAUCUGGAGCGAUUCGGCAUCGAUACGGAAGAGUCACUCGGUGUCAAGCACGCCUCAAAGGACGACCUAGAGAGGAAGGAAGAGAAAAUUAGACGCUGCCUGACGACGGGAUAUUUUUCUCAGGCGGCAAGGAUGGAACCGGAUGGCACGUUUCGUACUGUCCAUGGUGGCAUAGUCCUCCAUGCCCAUCCAAGCAGCAUCAUGUUUAAUCGAAAGGCUGACUGGGUUGUUUUUCACGAAGUAAUGGAGACGGCCAACAAAACGUACAUCCGGGAUAUUUGCAAGAUCGAGAAGGGCUGGCUGCUUGAGUACGCACCCAAUUUCUACCAGCUCAAGAAGUAAUCAAGUGUACCACCGACAAAUUGACCGGCCCGGUCUCCCUACUGCCACAAGCUCUGCUUA